CCCUAGCAACAGCAAACCAUAAACGAUGAGAGCUCUCAAUUUAGCUAGCGUAGGUAACGGUCAGACAAUUCAGUCGUUUUGUUAAAUUUACAGUGAAAGAAAAUUGAAUGUGAGUUUUCCAUUAUUUCCGAAAUGGAAAAACUGCAGGCAGAAGAUGCACGGUAUUUGAAAAGGUAACGUUAGCUAGCCAGUUGUGGCUAGAAAACAGAUGCUGAUGUUUUGACAAUCAGCUGUGACUGAAACGUGACGUUGUGGCUCAUAAUGUGUUUUGAAAUGAUAUGAUAUGAGAUUAGAUUUGUUUAAAUACAUGUUGGUGUAUAUUGAGGUAUACAAGAAUACUGUCUAGUAGUGUCUAAAGUUACCUAGCUAACAAUUUGGUGGUUGGAAUUGAAUGUUGUAAAUCAAAAGCGGUUUAUCAUCCAGAUCUCCAUCAUCAUCACUCGCCUGGCCAUUUCUCUCAAUCCGUAGGAAAGUAAAACGGGGGAGUUUGGAUGUCCACCCGACAGAGAAAGCCCUCGUUGUUCAGUAUGAGGUGGAGGCGACUAUCCUCGGCGAAAUGGGGGACCUAAUGGUUGGAGAACGCAAGGAGUGUCAGAAAAUGUAACUAAGCAUGGGUCUAACGUACCUACGAAAAUGGGAUUAACGAUGAAGUUGUUGUUUUUCCAGUCACCUUCACCUGAACAGAAGUAAUGGGUCGUUCGUGAACGAACGGCUCUUUUUGGUGAACGUCGGGAACCGAAUCGCAUCGGUGAAAGAGCCGUUCAUUUGGCUCCCUGAUUUGCAUACUGCUACUACUGCUCUUUGAGCUCAAAACUAAGUUUUUCUACAGACAAAAUAAUUAAAUAAUUACUGCAGAAACAAUAAAUAGUGCCGAGAGCGUGUCAAAUCUAGUCCACGCUGAUUUUUCUUUUCCCAGUGUGUAACAAUCAAAGUUUUUUUUGCAGCCCAUCUAAUAAUUUGGCCAGGUAAAAAUAAAUAAAUUGAACGCGCAUUUCACGAUCGGACAUAAUGGUAGCCUACCUUUUGGUCUUUACAUUGAAGAUGAGCAAUGUUUUCAUGGUUAUAGAUUUUUAACCAUUUUGAACGAAGAGCCGUUUGGGAGCCUGUUCUUUUACAAAAUGGAGCCAAAUGAGCCGGCUCACCGAAAAGACUCGAAUGCCCAUCACUACUGAACAGGUCCAAUGGGUUCUUUUAUACAUACCAUGUUCACCACUAAGUAGAGACCACCAAAACACUGGUCUUUCCUACCCUGUCACAUGAUGCUUUAGCUUAAUUUUUUUGCUUGAUAUGUAUUUUGCAUUAACAAAAGAUGAGGUCAUUGAAUAGUUAUUGGAAAUAACUUUUUUUGUUUCUAAGAAAAUUGCUCAAAAUGUUGUCACAUUUAAUUUCUAUUCACAGCAUCCGCCUUAAAAGCUUAAACGCAAACACGGACAUUGCCUCCCUGGCUCGCAAGGUGGUGGAGGAAUGCAGGCUCAUUCAUCCAUCUAAACUUCCGGAGGUGGAGCAACUGCUGUUCUACCUGCAGAACCGCAAGAAGCCAGGUAAUGUUUACAUUAUGGUAACGCCUGGUCCUGAUUGGCUGCAGUUGCAGGCUGAAUGACUCAUUAUGUAAAUACACCUUCAUCAUGUGCUGACUAGUGCUUUUGCUGUCCUGUCCUCCUCCUCACAGACAAACAAGAGAAACAUUCGCCCAGAGACCUCACACCAUUUGAGGGGAUGGAGGUAAGGAGAGCAUUUUUUCAAAAAUGUGUACGUGUGUGACUGUGUGUGUGUGUGUGUCUUUGUCUGUGUGUGUGUGUGUGUGUGUGUGACAGUGUGUCUGUACCCAUUUCUGUGAGUUUGAUACCAUGAUUCAUUGCAUUCUUUCUGUGUUAUUAAUCCUCCUCAUUCCUCACCCAUACUGUAUCUGGGUCAUUUUCAGCUGGAUGAGGAGGCCAACAUCAACAGCAUUGAUGACUAUGUGGAGCUGCUGUAUGAAGACAUCCCAGAGAAGGUCAGGGGAGCCACCCUCAUUCUCCACCUCGCCCGCAACCCUGACAACCUGGAGGAGCUCCUGCAGAAUGGUACGCUCCUUCCUUGAGUUCCUUCCUCACCUGUCACAAUGGUAUGCCCCAGAGUAAUCAUCUGCUCUGCUCUUGGGGUGGGCAUUUUAGAGAAUGUCUGUGUUCGAGUACUCUCAUGAAAAUAAUUUUGAGUACUCGAAUACUCACAUAUAAGCGUGAAACCGGGCUGAAGGCAAAACGUUUGCAGUGUGCUAUUUGUUGUUCCAAUUACUGGUUAUACUUGAGUACUUGCACCCAUCCCUACUCUGCUCUGCUGGGUGUAAGAAAGCUGUACAGGCCAGAUGCUAGCAAAACUCUAGUGUCAUUGGUUAUUAUAAUCCACUCUCUCAGCCACCAGCCCAUCCCAUUCAUAAGAAAACACAGCCCUUCCUAUUCCCUUCCCUGACCACAGAGCUGUUUUCUCUCACAACAGCACAAGGCCAUCAUCCAUUACAGCUGUCAGAAGAUGGCAUGGCUUCAUUUGUAACUGUCAAUAUGUAUCACAGGUUUACUUUGUCUGUCGUAACGCAUCACAUGGUCAGAUGUUGAUAAUGGUAGAACGUGCCAUGUGAACCGUGAGACCUGGGGUCAGUGAGGAAAGACGAGAGGGCCAGGGGAAAUGGAACAACGUGAUAUGUGUCUUUACAAUGAAGAUCACCCAUAGCUCAAAGCCAUGGGAGCCUGGAACCCCUUACAUUCCCCCAGGUUCCUUACCUUAACCUCCCACCCCAACCCCAACCUGACUGUCAUCUCUAGUUGAUUCUUUCCAUCACCCCCACCUCCACCCCUACUCCAUACUUCCCUUCCCAAUCCUAACAUUCUGUCCAUCUCCUUCAAAUAACUCCUUCUCCACUUCAUCGAUCACUUCCCUCUCCCCUUGCCCCCCACCCUAUCGCCUAUCUCCCCCUCUUUUUCUCCCAUCUCUCUUUCUCCCUCUCUUACCUCCCCCCCCCCCCACACACACACAUACCACGUCUCUCUCUCUCUCUCACCCCCCUCCCAUCUCUCUCUCUCUAACCUGACUGUGUGUCUGCUGCUCAUCAGAGAUGGCCCUGGGAGCCCUGGCCAGAGUCCUGAGGGAGGACUGGAAACAGAGUGUUGACAUGGCAACCACCAUCAUCUACAUCUUCUUCUGCUUCUCCAGGUACACAACUCUCUCUCUUCCCUCUCUCUCUUCCCUCUCUCUCUUCCCUCUCGCCAAAACUUUAGUUUUCACGUUCCGCUCUCUCUCGUUCUGACAGAAGUCACACAACUAUGACAACAUAGCGCAAAACCUUACUUUCCAACCGGGGGGUUUCGGAAACACAAAAAUUAUCCUUGAAAGGAUAAUAUAUAAACUACUUGUCAAGAGCGAUUUGAGUUGUGAGAGGAUCUACGUUGUUCUGAAAACUGAUAGUCUUUCUUGGCCCUGCUCCAUGGCAGUGCUGUGCUGUUGGGGUUUACAAUGAUCUGGUUUGUGUCUGGCUGAUUAUGAGUAGGAGAUACUGUUGGACUCAAUGCUUUAAGGCUUUAUUUUGGCAAUUUACUUUUUUAGACUAAGCUCUCAGGUGAUGGGAUCAUUUCAAUCUGAGCUCCCGAUUGUGGUCCAAAUAGGUGUUGCAUGAUGAUGAACGAAGUGCACUUUGAAUAAGUGGAAGCCUUGUAAACCUUUUCACUUCCCUCCCCCCAUCCCCAGUUUCUCCCAGUUCCAUGGGCUAGUGACCCACUAUAAGAUCGGAGCCCUCUGUAUGAACAUCAUUGAACACGAGCUGAAGAGGUACGACCUCUGGCAGGAUGAACUGCAGAAGAAGAAGAAGGCUUAUAUCCUUCAGCUAAGGUCAAAGGUCACAUGAAGGAUGUUACGUACCUUGCUGCUUCACAGAGGGUCAAUGCCUCAGGGACCCUGCUGUCCUCAGUGUUGACAUAUCUCUUCAUUUUAAUCAUAAUGUCACUGUAUAGAAGGAAAGGCAAUUCAUAGUUGUUCUUUAUUGGACGUUGUAAUAGGCUGAUAUAGAACAUGUGACUAUAUAAGCUCUCUCUAUCGUGAGUUGAUUGGAUCAGUAUAGCAGCAGCAGCACUCCUUCCUUGACUGUUUUUACGUGAAGAGGACCCUGACAACCAGAAUGUGAAGAAGGAACAUGAAAAAGCCUUCAAGAAGUACCAGGGCCUCCUGAUCAAGCAGGAGCAGCUUCUACGAGGUACAGUAACAGUGGUACACUACCAUGGCAACACAGUGAUGUGUUGCGCAGCACUGUUAGUGCUUGAUAAUGCAAUGAUGUAAUUAGCAAUAAUAUUACAAUUAAUAACAUAGUGAUUACAUUGCAUAGUAUAUUAUAUAUUUUUUACUUUGGUUAUUACAUGGUGAUAACGUGACAGUAUUACAUAGUAUUUUACAUAGUUUUUUACAUUGGUUAUUACAUGGUAAUAACAUGGUGAUUAUAUGACAGUUACAUCGUUUUUUACAUCGUUUUUUUACAUUGGUUAUUACAUGGUAAUAACAUGGUGAUAACAUGACAGUAUUACAUAGUAUUUUACAUCUUUGUUACAUUGGUUAUAACAGAGAGUGAUUACAUGACAGUAUUACAUAGUAUAUUAUUAUUUAAAACAUUUUUUACAUUGGUUAUAACAUAUUGCUCUAACUUGUUAUUACUAUCUAAUUCUCAAGUCCCUGUGCUCCCCAGUGUCUCUGUACCUGUUGUUGAACCUGGCUGAGGACACACGCACAGAGCUGAAGAUGAGGAACAAGAACAUCGUCCACAUGCUGGUGAAGACCCUGGACCGGGAGGACGAGGAGCUGCUGGUGCUGGUGGUCUCCUUCCUCAAGAAACUCAGCAUCUUCCUGGAGAACAAGAACGACAUGGUACGAGAGAGGGAGGGAGGGAGGGGGAGGGAGAGGGAAUAGAGGGAUAGAGAGAGAGGGAGGGGGGAUAGAGAGAGAGAGGGAUAGAGAGGGGGGAUAGAGGGAUAGAGAGAGAGGGAGGGGGGAUAGAGGGAGGGAGGGGGGGAAUGGGAUUGAGGGAUAGAGAGGGAGGGAGGGAGGGGGAGAUGGGAUAGAGGGAGGGGGGAGAUGGGAUAGAGGGAGGGAGGGGGGGAGAUGGGAUAGAGGGAUAGGAGAGAGGGAGGGGGGAUGGAUGGAGUAGAGGGAUAGAGAGGGGGGAUGUGAGGAGGGGGUAGAGGGAUAGGAGGGGAGGGGGGACUCGGGGAGGGCGGGGGGAUGGGAUGAGGGAGGAGGGGGGAGAUGGGUAGGGCGAUCGAGAGAGAGGGAGGGGGGAGGGAGGGGGAGCUGGAUGCGGGAGGGAGGGGGGUUAGAGGGAGGAGGAUAGGGAGAGGGGAAUGGAGGGGGAUAGAGGAAGGGGGAAUGGAGGGGGAUAGAGGGAGGGAGGGGGAGAGGGGUUAGAGGGAGGGAGAGGGGAUAGAGAGAGAGGGGAAUGGAGGGGGAUAGAGGAAGGGGGAAUGGAGGGUUGGAUAGAGAGAGGGGGGAUAGAGAGAGGGGAGAGAUGCAUGGACGGACGGAUGGAUGGAGGGAGAAAAAAGGACAGGCGUUGCAACAUGGUGAGGAAAAUACAUACAAAGUCUCAGGUCCUCCGACUGAGGUACUGUGAAAAGAUUUGUAAUGGUUUACAUGUUGUUAGUGUUAGUUCUUUUUGUUGAUGUCUUCUAGUGCAGACUUUAGUGAUCACUGCUCUAUGUCCUGUCCUAUAGUGCAGUUCCACCUGGAUCCAAUCUCAGCCAGUUGGUGUGCCUUUAUCAACCAGGCUGAGUUAGGAACAGUUUUUAUCUCCUUGUUUCUUUUUAGUGUGUCUUUGACUCUGAUAAAAGGCAGCCCAUUCAGACUCCAUGUGUCCAGCACCACAGAAGAACACUGUUAUUCACAGAGUAUCACUUCACCUCUGGGGAAGGUUUCAUUUACAGCCUGGUUAGCUACAAAAAGAGAAUCGGUUAGUGAUUUGGAAUCAGAUUCUAUUUAUUACACAUGUUUGUAUUGAACACCAGAUACCAGUUGUAAGAACUACAGUUGAUUACGUGCAGACUGGAUUUGUAAUUGUGGAGAUUUCAUUGUGAGCACAGUAGCUGUGUACUUGACACACACACACCUCUUCCACUGUGCAGGUAUAUGGUUUGCUCUACUUUCCUGGUGCGUUUUAGACAUGUCCUUGAUGCAUCAGCUCAACACCUCCACCUGCCUGUAAACAUUGUGGAUCUACGCUGCUUUCUCUUGACAUUCUGACUGUUACAAAUCAGUUGAGUUUAUUUCAAGUAAUGAAUUGAAUGAACUCAGUUAAAAUGAAGUAUGAUGAAGUCCAAUACAGGAUCUCUCUAUAACAGGAAGAGGGAUAGUCGGAUUGGUUAUUGAAGUAGGCUUUGUAGAGGUGUACAUUAUACUGGGGUGUGUUGAGUGACUAGUCUCUCCCUCUCCUCUGUUCCCUGGUGUUCAGGCAGAGACGUAUGCGGUGGAGAAGCUGGCCAGGCUGCUGGCCUGUGAUCAUGAGGACCUACUGAACACCACCCUGCGCCUGCUCCUCAACCUCUCCUUUGACACAGGCCUCCGCAGACAGAUGGUCCAGACUGGACUCAUCCCCAAACUCUCCUUAAUGCUAGGUACUAACUGACACAACUCCCUGUGUGUGUGUGUGUGUAUGUGUAUGUGUGUGUGUGUGUGUGUGUGUGUGUGUGUGUGCGUGUGUGCGUCAGUAUGUCUAAGUAAGUGUGUGUCAGUGUGUGCAGGUGCAGGCUGUUAUAAAGCUGUGGAGACAGCGAGGCUGGUUCUGGCUCUGGUGGCCAUUAGAAAAAUGACUUCCUGAAACUAGAUCCAGUGUGUGAUUGGUGCGUUAGCUCAUCCAGGGGGUCAUGUGGCACGGCUGGGAGCAUCUGUGAUGGGCCCUUUGAAGCCUCUCCAGGGAGGGUCGGGUAACGUGCAUAAUUAAUAUAAUAUAUUUGUUAGAAUAACACUCCGGGCCCCAGCAUAAAUGUUGUUUUUGCAGGAGCCGGCCGGAGAGGCUGAGGAGGGGUCUACAGAGAUUUGGGAGGGAUUUUUUUCUUUUCUUUUAGAUUGAGACACACACUUGUGCACGCACACCUACGCAUACACACAUAAUGCACGUCCUGUCCACGCUUAGGUUAAACAUAGCUGGAUAUAUCUAAUUUUCAGUGGAGGCUGCUGAGGGGAGGAUGGCUCAUAAUAAUGGCUGAAACAGAGCAAAUGGAAUGAAAUCAAACCAUGUUUGAUGUAUUUGAUACCAUUCCACUAAUUCCGCUCCAGUCAUUACCACGAGCCCGUCCUCCCCAAUUAAGGUGCCACCAACCUCAUGUGCUCAUUUUAGAGAGCGUGUGUGUCUGUGUGUGCGUUUGUAAGAUUCACUCUUUCCCAUUGCUACUACACUUUUGUCUAUUCUUGACUUUCCCAGUAUGUGUGUGUGAUUUCCAAACUCAGAUGAAUAGAGGCCUUAUUAAUCAUCAUGUAGGCUCUGUGAUGUGGUGUCCUCUCCUCUGUGUGUUUGUGUCCAGAGAUUCCCUUCUUAUCUCCAGAGAGAUAACCGCUCCUCUCUUCUCCUCUCUGCUCUGUUCUUCACUGUUAUGCUGUGAGGGUGUUAGGUGACGUCUGCCAGCCCUCUGAUCCCUGUCCCAUCAGGCCCCACUAGGGGUCCCAACCUGGGCUGAUAAGAUGAAAGGGAGAAGUGUGGGCUACUCCUCCUGAUCCCACCAUCUGAACCAGGAUUUAGGACCGACUACGACAUCUCAAUCCUUUCAACCCUUCACCUGACCACUGGCCCUUUGUUGUUGACGUGACUAUCUAUCAUAGGUGCUGCUGAAGUACCACGUUUUACAGUAAAGAAAAUACUCGCAAUUUAUUCCAGAAUCAUUCCAUUUUUACAAUUACUGAAUGGCCAUUGCUGGGACAUUUUCUUUAUGGUUUUUUUCUUUGAAGGUUGAAGCAGUACUCUUAUUUACUCAAUACACUGCACUAACAACAAUAGUAUACUUUCCACAGAACUGCCGCAGAUGCCACUAAUGCAUGGCGGUGUGAUUCUAUGAAGGUUGAGUGGUUUUAAAUCAGAGCAGGGUGUAAUUGGAGUUUAGCUCUACCACUAACUGCCCCUGAACAUUCUAGAUAAUUCUUAACGAGUGCUCCACUCUUUUUUUCAGUGGGGCUCUAGUGGUGUUUUGAACAUUUUAAUGGGGUCUCGCUCCUUCCCAAUAAAGGAUCCUCCAUGUUCCUACCAGUGUAGUGAGGGAGUUUGCCAGGUCAGAUGAGUGUGAGUGUGUGUGUGUGUGUGUGAGAGUGUGUCUUGUGUGCAAGCUCAUGUGAGUGUGUGUGUUUAGGUAUAGGUUGAGGGCUCCACUAAUGAGAAGCACAUGUUUGGGCCAAUCGUGGCACUGCAAGGGCCUGAGCAGCGUAGCUUUAUUAAAGGCAGUAAAAUUGAUGCUUCCUCCUGUUUCCCCAAUGAAACCUCCAAGCCGUCUUUUUUCCCUUGUUUCCAGGGGUUCAGUGAGCACAUCUGGUUUCAGUAGGCUGCUAUGUGAUAAGGCUGCCUGCCCUGCAUGGUUCCCUGACCACGGGUUAGGACCAGUUAGUACUGGACUGGGUUGGUCUGCUCUGUCAGAUCGGUGGUCUUGCUGGGGCCGAUCACUAGUUCUGUUCUGACCCAGUGUGGUUGGCCACUGGGGUCACUGUACCUCUACAGACCAGUCUUGAAACCACCUAGGUCCUCAGACUUUUCAGUGACUCCAUGGUGUUCGCUAGCUGCCUCUGGAGCGGCCUGCAGUCACCCUGCAAUGGUUUGGGUCAAACUCCUAAACACUCUGAGAGAACAGAGCUACCAGACAGUUUAACACUGAUUCAGAGCCACGUCCCUCACACAGCUGUAAGAUAACCUCCUAUAAACCUGCAAGAAGAACAUGUGUUCAUUGUCUUUGCAUAGCUAGCUUUUCUGCUACUAAACCAUAUGGUUUUAGAGCGGUGGCUAACUGGAUGUUAUUUAACCUGUAUUGUAGUGGACUUGUGUGUCGCGCACUCGUCCCAUGAAGCAGAACGAAAGUGUACAGCUCCUCAUUAAUUUAUCCAUUCACCGCUCUCUCUCGGUCUCUCUCUCUCUCUCUGUGCUUCUCCUCUCUCUCUAUGUCUCUCUCUCUCUCUGUCUCUCUCUAUGUCUCUCUCUGUCUCUCUCUGUCUCUCUCUCUAUGUCUCUCUGUCUCUCUCUAUGUCUCUCUCUAUGUCUCUCUGUCUCUCUCUGUCUCUGUGCUUCUCUCUCUCUCUCUGUUUAUGUUCCAGCUGACGAGAGCCAGGGACAGCUGUGUAUGUGCAUUCUGUACCACAUCAGUGUGGAUGACCGAUUCAAGUCCAUGUUUGCCUACACAGACUGCAUACCACAGGUAAGACUGGGUAAUGUACACCCAGGGGCCAGGGAUUGCAGACAAGACAGCAUUAGCAUUGAGGCUAACAGCCCUGGAAUUAUUCAUGAGCGAGAGGGAGGGGGUGAGAGAGAGGGAGGGGGUGAGAGAGAGGGAGGGGUGGAGAGAGAGGGAGGGGUGGAGAGAGAGGGAGGGGUGGAGAGAGAGGGAAAGAAGGAGAGGAAUAAAUGGGGAUGGAUGGACAGAGGAGAGGGAUGGAGAGAGAAGAGAGGGCUUGAGAGAGAGGGGGGCACGCUACAUCUGCACCCAAACCACCGGAGGAUGGCUGCUCAGCCUUCACUCUCACUGUCAUUGGAGCGCUGCGUCAGUCAUCUAGCUAGCCCUUAGUGGAAAGAGACCCUUCUCUCUGUCUUCUCUGUAGCCAAGGCACAUUCUGGUGUGUAGAUUACACACACAUACUGUAUCUACAUAAUAUAUUUUUAGUGUUAAAGUUUUGAGUGAUGUCAGUAUGUAAUUGAGGAGAUGUCAUAUUGAUUAAGUUAUGUCUGAUUUCCUCUCAGUCUUUCAUAGAUUAUUCAAAUGCUUAUUCUGUUUGUGUUGUGAGAUUGGGUGUAAAUGCGGGCCAGAUGCUCAUAAACAGGGCUGUUUGUGUAGUGGGUCGUGUUGCCAGUAGAUCUGUCCUGCGGGGUCGGAGUGUCAGAGAGGAUGCUGGGUAGCAGCAUGACCGGAAAUAGCCCUUUGACCCCAGGCCCUCUAACCCCACCCUCCCCUCUAGGGAUGGUCUUGAGCCCCUCUCCUCUCCACCUAUUCUUUGUCCUUGCCCUUUGGCCAGCUCAACAUAUCCCUCCCUCCCUCCCUGCCUCCCCUACUCCUUUUCCUUUCUUUCCUUCUCCUCUCUACCUCUCCCCCUUGGCCUGGGGCAAGGCCUGACCCAGCUCUUCUCCUCUCUACCUCUCCCCCCUGGGCCUGGGGCAAGGCCUGACCCAUCUCUUGUCCUCUCUACCUCCCCCCUGGGCCUAGGGAAAGGCCUGACCCAGCUCUUCUCCUCUCUACCUCCCCCCUGGGCCUAGGGAAAGGCCUGACCCAGCUCUUCUCCUCUCUACCUCCCCCCUGGGCCUGGGGAAAGGCCUGAUCCAGUUCUUCUCCUCCUCUCCUCAGCUCCUGCUAGAGUCAGCUCUGAGCUGGGAGAGAGAGGCUGGUGGUUGGACAUGGGGUUAUGAGGGAGAGGCUGGAGGCUGGACAUGGGGUUAUGAGAAAGAGACUGGACAUGGGGUUAUGAGAGGGAGGCUGGAGGCUGGACAUGGGGUUAUGAGGGAGAGGAAUGGAGUUAGGGGCAGAGGGUGGUUAGGGGCAGAGGGUGGUUAGGAGCAGAGGAGGGUUAGGGUGGAUGUUAGGGGCGGAGAGGUGUGAGGGGUUAGGGGCGGAGGGGUGUUAGGGGCAGAGGUGGGUUAGGGUCGGAGGGGUGGAGAGGGGUUAGGGUUUGGAGGAGAGUGAUGGGUUAGACAGUGAGGGGUUAGACAGUGAGGGGUUAGACAGUGAGGGUGUGCUGUGUAGUGGGGUGCUAGGCCUCCUCUGGCUCUGCUGUGGUAAAUAAGCAGAGGCAGGUGCCAGAGAGUCUAGACGGGGCUGAUUUGGGGUCCGGGGCCCCUGGUAUGUGAUACCCGACUCGAGGCCUGUGUGUGUGUGUGUGUGUGUGUGUGUGUGUGUGUGAUUGCACACCGCUGACUCCUCACAGGGAGCGGGCCUGCAGUGCCCCUGCUUAAAGCCUUUCCUGUUUAAUGUUAAAUCAGAGAAGGAGAGCUGCGAGACGGGGAGCGGAGGGCAGGGGCUGUGGGCAACUCGUUUUUGGACCUACGCCCGCCCAUAGUUGACCUCCAGGGCCGUUUCCUGGUGGACCCUCCCCUUCCCCCUCCUCAGCUCGUCCCUCCUCCCUCCUCAGCCCCUCCCCCCCUCCUUAGCCCCCCCUCUUCCCUCUCUCUCCCAUCUCUCCAUCCCUUUUUUCUCUCUCUCUCUCCAUAUAUCCAUCCCUCUCUCCAUCAUCUCUCUCCCUCUCUCUCGCUCUCUCUAUAUAUAUAUAUAUAUAUAUAUAUAUAUAUAUAUAUAUAUAUAUCCAUCCCUCUCUCCAUCAUCCUCUCUCUCUCUCUCUCUCUCUCUCUCUCUCUCUCUCUCUCUCUCUCUCUCUCUCUCUCUCUCUCUCACUCCAUAUAUCCGUCCCUCUCUUCUGCUCUCUUUCCCCAUCUAUUUCCCUAUCUCUCCCAUUGCUCCAUCCCUCUCUCCAUCUAUCUCUCCCUUUCCCUCUUUUUUUUUUUCUCUCUCUCCCCAUUCCUCUCUAGCUCUCUCUCCUCGUUGUCUGUUUGCAAGCCCUCUCAGGUUUCCCCUCCACAGUCUUGGCACAGACCUGACUAGACAGCAGCGAGUGUACUGCACCUCUACCCACCUUUCUGCUCACUUCAGAGAAGGGCUGCCUGUUCCCAUACUCUGCGGUUAACCCAACUUGUGUCACCAUGGCCACCCACUAAAUGACUGUAUGGAAGCUAUGUAGACCAGUGUCAUCAACAUGGUGAUGAUGUCAUUCAUCCACUCAGCCAAUGAUGUCGCCUAGCAAACAUCCAUCCACAAACAGUAGAGAGAAAGGCUUGGGAACAGACACACCCAUAACACACUGACUGACUGCUGGCCAAUGAUAUUGAUCGCUGAUGAAUUGGUAUUGAUGAGUUGAUUGACAUUUAUUAUAUGAUUGAUUGACAGUUGAUGAAGAUGCUGUUUGAUUGUGGUGAGAGCCCCAUGGACCCUGAGCUCAUCUCCUUCUGCAUCAACCUGGCAGCCAACAAGAGGAACGCACAGGUCAUCUGUGAAGGUACAACCCACACGCGCACACAAACACGCACACACAUACUCACACACACACACACACACACUCCUAAUCCUGUUCUCCUGUGCCUAGGUAAUGGUCUGAAGAUGCUGAUGAAGAGGGGCCUGAAGCUAAAGGAUGUUCUUAUCAUGAAGAUGAUCAGGAACUUGUCACAACAUGACGGACCCACCAAGAACCUCUUCAUAGUGAGUACUAGACGUACUCACACUCUAACACUGAUCAGCUUCAACAUGCUUAGUAUAGAGAUAGACGGAUAAGACUAGACAGGCUCACAUGAUCUGUGUUCUUAUGCUGGUCACUGAAUCCAUUGCUACACUAUUAGAACAGAACAUUUUAGUGCUGAACCGACCCCCUUCAUGUACCCCCUAAGGACUAUGUGGGUGACCUAGCAGCUCAGAUAGGAGCGGAGGAGAGAGAGGAGUAUGUGAUAGAGUGUCUGGGAACUCUGGCUAACCUCACCAUCCGAGACCUGGACUGGGAACUGGUGCUGAAGGAGUACAACCUGGUGCCCUACCUCAAAGACCACCUCAAACCAGGUAGGCCUCAAAGACCGCUUCAAACCAUGGAGGGAGGGAGGCGGAGGGGGAGAAAAGGUGGGGUGAGGGAGGACUGGUGCUGUAACUUACAGGUGCAUUCACCCUGAAGAACUUAAGCAAGAUGACAGACAUGGUUGCCCUGUUUCUAGCUCCUAUACAACUUUCAGUAUUUUUUGUUGUUGUUUUAUUUGUGUUAUUUCUUACAUUAUUUGCUCGGAAUGUUUCUUGAAUUAUUAUCUACAGCCGAAAAUAACUUUGGGAUAUUAGAUCGGCGGUCACUCACCAGCAUUUCGACCAGAAAUUCAAAUUCCCUGAAUUGGAUCCUUUGUUUGAACUCCCCAAGGCAAUUCCAUUAAUCCCAGGGGCUGCUCCAAGUCGCUGUUGACGGAGAAGAGGAACAAGGAGUGGGCUCAUAGUCAGACUCAGAAGGCGUGCAUAACAUCUACCGCUUCCAAGUAUAUUAUGCGCUAACGCUCAGUCCCUGGACAAUAAAGUAGACAAGCUUAGGGCGAGGAUCUCCUUCCAGAGAGACAUCAGGGACUGUAACAUACUCUGUUUUACGGAAUCAUGGCUCUCUCCGGAUAUAUUGUCCCCGUCCAUUCAGCCAGCGGGGUUCUCCGUACAUCGCGCGGACAGGAAGAAAGAUCUCUCCGGGAAAAAGAAAGUUAGAGGUGUAUGUUUCAUGAUUAACUACUCAUGGUGUGAUUGUGGUAACGUACAGGAACUCCAGUCCUUUUGUUCUCCCGAUCUGGAAUACCUCACCAUGAAAUGCCGGCCGCAUUACCUCCUGAGAGAAUUUUCUUCAGUCAUCGUCACGGCCGUGUAUGUCCCCCCCCAAGCCGACCCCGCGACGUCUCUCAAGCAAUUACUCUGGACUUUGUGCAAACUGGAAACCGCAUAUCCUGAGGCAGCAUUUAUUGUAGCUGGGAACUUCAAUAAAGGACAUCUGAGGAAAAUGCUACCAAAGGUUUAUCAACACAUCUCCUGUGCUACUCGAUCAAUGAGCGCUCUUGACCAUUGAUACUCCCCCUUCCGUGAUGUCUACAAGGCCCUCCCCCGCCCUCCCUUCAGCAAAUCAGAUCACGCCUCCAUUUUGCUAUAGGCAGAUACUUAAAAUAAGUACCCGUGGUAAGGACUGUUCAACGUUGGUUUGACCAAUCAGAAUCUAUGCUUCAAGACUGUUUGAUCACGCAGACUGGGAAAUGUUCCGACGUAUACACUGACUCGGUGACUGAGUUCAUCAGGAAGUACAUAGAGGAUGUUGUUACUACUGUGAUGAUUAGAACUUAUCCAAACCAAAAACCGUGGAUAAAUGGCAGCAUUCACGCAAAACUGAAAAGCGUUAACCACCGCAUUUAACCACAGCAAGGUGACUGGGAACAUGGACGUGUACAACCAGACCAGCUAUGCCCUCCGUAAGGCAAUAGAAAACGCAAAAACGACAGUACAGGGAUAAAGUGUAGUCGCAAUUCAACGGCUCAAACGCAAGACGUAUGUGGCAGAGACAAUCACGAGUUAUAAAGGGAAAGCCAGCCACGUUUGGGACACUGACGCCUUGCUGCCAGACAAGCUAAAAACAAGAGGAAUACCUAUGUAAGAGUCCUGUUCAUUGACUACAGCUCAGCCUUCAACACCAUAGUGCCCUCCAAGCUCAUCAUAGGGCCCUGGGUCUGAACCCCUCCCUGUGCAACUGGGUCCUAGACUUCCUGACGGGCCAACCCCAGGUGAUGAAGGUAGGCAACAGCACAUCCGCCACGCUGUUCUUCAACACUGGGGCCCCACAAGGGUGCGUGCUCAGCCCCCUCCUGUACUCCCUAUUCACCCAUGACUACGUGGCCACGCACGUCUCCAACUCAAUCCAGUUUUCUGACGACACAACAGUGGUAGGCCUGAUUACCAACAACAACGAGAUAGCCUACAGGGAGGAUGUGAGGGCCCUGGCGGAGUGUUGUCAGAAUAAUAACCUCUCCCUCAACGUCAACAAAACGAAGCUGAUCUUGGACUUCAGGAGACUGCAGAGAGAGCACGCCCCCAUCCACAUCGAGAGCACGCCCCCAUCCACAUCGACGGGGCCGCAGUGGAGAGGGUGAAAAGCUUCAAGUUCCUCGGCAUGCACAUCACUGACAACCUGAAAUGGUCCAUCCACACAUACAGUGUGGUGAAGAAGGUGCAACAGCUCCUCUUCAACCUCUGGAGGCUGAAGAAAUUUGGCUUGGCCCCUAAGACCCUCACAAACCUCUACAGAUGCACCAUUGAGAGCAUCCUACCAGGCAAUUGCACUGUCCGCAACCGCAGGGCUCUCCAGGGGGUGGUGCGGUCAGCCCAACGCGUCACCGGGGGCACACUGCCUGCCCUCCAGGACAUCUACAGCAACCGGUGUCACAGGAAGGCCAAGAAGAUCGUCUUUCUAUACCCGACGUAAGACCACUGCAAAAAACACUCAAACUGGACAGUUUUAUCUCUAUCUCUACAUUCAAAGACUCAAUCAUGGACACUUACUGACACUUGUGGCUGCUUCGCGUGAUGUAUUGUUGUCUUUACCGUUUUGCCCUUUGUGCUGUUGUCUGUGCCUAACAGUGUUUGCACCAUGUUGUGUUGUUGUCAUGUGGUGUUGCUACCAUGCUGUGUUGUCAUGUGUUGCUGCCAUGCUGUGUUGUUGUCUUAGGUCUCUCUUUAUGUAGUGUUGUGGUGUCUCUCUUGUUGUGAUGUGUGUUUUGUCCUACAUUUCUUAGUUUUUUUAUCCCUGCCCCCUUCCUCCCCAGGAGGUAGGCCGUCAUUGUAAAUAAGAAUUUGUUCUUAAUUGACUUGCCUAGUUAAAUAAAGGUCAAAAAAAAAAAAAAAAAGAUCAUCAAGGACAUCAGCCACCUGAGCCACGGCCUGUUCACCCCACUACCAUCUAGAAAGCGGAGACAGUACAGGUGCAUCAAAGCUGGGACCGAGAGACUGAAAAACAGUGUCUAUCUCCAGGCCAUCAGACUUUUAAAUAGUCACCACUAUCUGGCCUCCACCCGGUACCCUGCCCUGAACGUAGUGACUGUUACUUGCUGGCUACCACCCGGUAUUCUACCCUGCACCUUAGAGACUGCUGCCCUAUGUACAUAGUCGUUGAACACUGGUCACUUUAGUAAUGUUUACAUACUGUUUUAUCCACUUCAUAUGUACAGUGCAUUCGGAAAGUAUUCAGACUGUUGACUUUUUCCACAUUUUGUUACGUUACAGCCUUAUUCUAAAAUGGAUAAAAAAAAUAUUAUAAUAAUCCCGUCAUCAAUCUACACACAAUACCCCAUAAUGCAAAAACUGAAAUAUCACAUUUACAUUAUUAUUCAUCCCUUUACUCAGUACUUUGUUGAAGCACCUUUGGCAGCGAUUACAGCCUCGAGUCUUCUUGGGUAUGACGCUACAAGCUUAGCACACCUGUACAUCCUAUUAGCCAACGUUCAAUCUUUUGAGAAUAAAAUUGACGAUUUAAGAUUACGGUUAUCCUACCAACGGGACAUUAAAAACUGUAAUAUCUUAUGUUUCACGGAGUCGUGGCUGAACGACAACAAUGAUAACAUUCAGCUAGCAGGCUAUACGCUACAUCGACAGGACAGAACGGCAGACUCUGGUAAGACAAGGGGUGGCGGUCUCUGUAUAUUUGUAAACAACAGCUGGUGCACAAAAUCAAAUACUAAGGAAGUCUCGAGGUUUUGCUCGCCUGAGGUAGAGUAUCUUAUGAUAAGCUGUAGACCACACUAUUUACCAAGAGAGUUUUCAUCUAUAUUUUUCAUAGCUGUCUAUUUACCACCACAAACCAAUGCUGGCAUUAAGAUUGCACUGAAUGAGUUGUACAAGGCCAUUAAUCAACAGGAAAACGCUCAUCCAGAUGCAGCGCUCCUAGUAGCCGGGGACUUUAAUGCAGGGAAACUUAAAUCCGUUCUACCUAAUUUCUACCAGCAUGUUAAAUGUGCAACCAGAGGGAAAAAAACUCUAGACCACCUUUACUCCACACACAGAGACGCAUACAAAGCUCUCCCUCGCCCUCCAUUUGGCAAAUCUGACCAUAACUCUAUCCUCCUGAUUCCUGCUUAUAAGCAAAAACUGAAGCAGGAAGCACCAGUGAUUCGGUUAAUAAAAAAGUGGUCAGAUGACGCAGAUGCUAAGCUACAGGACUGUUUUGCUAGCACAGACUGGAACAUGUUCCGGGAUUCUUCAGACAGCAUUGAGGAGUACACCACAUCAGUCACUGGCUUCAUCAAUAAGUGCAUCGAUGAUGUCGUCCCCACAGUGACCGUACGUACAUACCCCAACCAGAAGCCAUGGAUUACAGGAAACAUCCGCACUGAGCUAAAGGGUAGAGCUGCCGCUUUCAAGGAACGGGACUCUAACCCGGACGCUUAUAAGAAAUCCCGCUAUGACCUCCGACGAACCAUCAAACAGGCAAAGAGUCAAUACAGGUCUAAGAUUGAAUCAUACUACACUGGCUCUGACGCUCGUCGGAUGUGGCAGGGCUUGAAAACUAUUACAGACUACAAAGGGAAGCACAGCCGCGAGCUGCCCAGUGACACAAGCCUACCAGACGAGCUAAACCACUUCUAUGCUCGCUUCGAGGCAAGCAACACUGAAGCAUGCAUGAGAGCACCAGCUGUUCCGGACGACUAUGUGAUCACGCUCUCCGUAGCCGAUGUGAGUAAGACUUUUAAGCAGGUCAACAUUCACAAGGCCGCAGGGCCAGACGGAUUACCAGGACGUGUACUCCGAGCAUGUGCUGACCAACUGGCAAGUGUCUUCACUGACAUUUUCAACAUGUCCCUGACUGAGUCUGUAAUACCAACAUGUUUCAAGCAGACCACCAUAGUCCCCGUGCCCAAGAACUCUAAGAUAACCUGCCUAAAUGACUACCGACCCGUAGCACUGACGUCUGUAGCCAUGAAGUGCUUUGAAAGACUGGUCAUGGCUCACAUCAACAGCAUAAUCCCAGAAACCCUAGACCCACUCCAAUUUGCAUACCGCCCCAACAGAUCCACAGAUGAUGCAAUCUCUAUCGCACUCCACACUGCCCUUUCCCACCUGGACAAGAGGAACACCUACGUGAGAAUGCUAUUCAUUGACUACAGCUCAGCAUUCAACACCAUAGUGCCCUCUAAGCUCAUCACUAAGCUAAGGAUCCUGGGACUAAACACCUCCCUCUGCAACUGGAUCCUGGACUUCCUGACGGGCCGCCCCCAGGUGGUAAGGGUAGGUAACAACACAUCUGCCACACUGAUCCUCAACACGGGGGCCCCUCAGGGGUGCGUGCUCAGUCCCCUCCUGUACUCUCUGUUCACCCAUGACUGCAUGGCCAGGCACGACUCCAACACCAUCAUUAAGUUUGCCGACGACACAACAGUGGUAGGCCUGAUCACCGACAACGAUGAGACAGCCUAUAGGGAGGAGGUCAGAGAUCUGGCCGUGUGGUGCCAGGACAACAACCUCUCCCUCAACGUGACCAAGACAAAGGAGAUGAUUGUGGACUACAGGAAAAAAAAGAGGACUGAGCACGCCCCCAUUCUCAUCGACGGGGCUGUAGUGGAACAGGUUGAGAGCUUCAAGUUCCUUGGUGUCCACAUCACCAACGAACUAUCAUGGUCCAAACACACCAAGACAGUCGUGAAGAGGGCACGACAAAGCCUAUUCCCCCUCAGGAGACUAAAAAGAUUUGGCAUGGGUCCUCAGAUCCUCAAAAAAUUCUACAGCUGCACCAUCGAGAGCAUCCUGACUGGUUGCAUCACCGCCUGGUAUGGCAACUGCUUGGCCUCUGACCGCAAGGCACUACAGAGGGUAGUGCGUACGGCCCAGUACAUCACUGGGGCAAAGCUCCCUGCCAUCCAGGACCUCUAUACCAGGCGGUGUCAGAGGAAGGCCCUCAAAAUUGUCAAAGACUCCAGCCACCCUAGUCAUAGACUGUUCUCUCUGCUACCGCACGGCAAGCGGUACCGGAGUGCCAAGUCUAGGUCCAAAAGACUUCUCAACAGCUUCUACCCCCAAGCCAUAAGACUCCUGAACAGCUAAUCAUGGCUACCCGGACUAUUUGCACUGCCCCCCCACCCCAUCCUUUUUACGCUGCUGCUACUCUGUUAAGUAUUUAUGCAUAGUCACUUUAACUCUACCCACAUGUACAUAUUACCUCAACUACCUCAACUAGCCGGUGCCCCCGCACAUUGACUCUGCAACGGUACCCCCCUGUAUAUAUAGCCUCCCUACUGUCACUUUAUUUUACUGUAUAUAUAGCCUCCCUACUGUCACUUUAUUUUACUUCUGCUCUUUUUUUCUCAACACUUUUUUUGUUGUUGUUUUAUUCUUACUUUUUUUGUUUAAAAUAAAUGCACUGUUGGUUAAGGGCUGUAAGUAAGCAUUUCACUGUAAUGUCUGCACCUGUUGUAUUUGGCGCAUGUGACCAAUAAAAUUUGAUUUGAUUUGAUUUGUAUUUGGGGAGUUUCUCCCAUUCCUCUCUACAGAUCCUCUCAAGCUCGGUCAGCUUAGAUGGGUAGCGUUGCUACACAGCUAUUUUCAGGUAUCUCCAGAGAUGUUCCAUCAGGUACAAGCAGUGGUGUAAAGUACUUAAGUAAAAAUACUUGGUAUCUGUACUUUACUUUACUAUUUCUAUUUUUGACAACUUUUACUUUUAUGUCACUAUAUUCCUAAAGAAAAUAAUGUACUUUUUACUCCAUACAUUUUCCCUGACACCCAAAAGUACUCGUUACAUUUUGAAUGCUUAGCAGGACAGGAAAAUGGUCCAAUUUACGCACUUAUCAAGAUAACAUCCCUGGUCAUCCCUACUACCAGAUCUGGCAAAUUCACUAAACACAAAUGCUUCAUUUGUAAAUGAUAUCCGAGUGCUGGAAUGUGCCCCUGGCUAUCCAUAAAUGUAAAAAACUAGAAAAUAGUGCAGUCUGGUUUGCUUAAUAUAAGGAAUUUGAAAUGAUUUAUACUUUUAUCAAUUACAUUUACUUUUGAUACUUAAGUAUAUUUAAAAGCAAAUACUUUUAGACUUUUACUCAAGUAGUAUUUUACUGGGUGACUUUCACUUUUACUUGAGUCAUUUUCUAUAAACAUAUCUUUACUUUUACUCAAGUAUGACAAUUCGGUACUUUUUCCACCACUGGGUUCAAGUCCGGGCUCUGGCUGGGCCACUCAAGGACUUUCAGAGACUUGUCCCGAAGCCACUCCUGCGUUGUCUUGGCUGUGUGCUUAGGGUCGUUGUCCUGUUGGAAGGUGAACCUUCGCCCCAGUCUGAGGUCCUGAGCGCUCUGGAGCAGGUUUUCAUCAAGGAUCUCUCUGUACUUUGCUUCGUUCAUCUUUCCCUCGAUCCUGACUAGACUCCCAGUCACUGCUGCUGAAAAACAUCCCCAUAGCAUGAUGCUAUAUUCUGGACUCUGACAUUGCUCGUUCUGAUAUUUCUUAAUUUCUUUAUUUUUUGGGAUUUGUGUGUAUUGUUAGGUAUUACUACACUGUUGGAGCUAGAAGCAUAAGCAUUUCUCUACACGUGCGAUAACAUCUGCAAAAUAUGUUUACAUGACCAAUAACAUUUGAUUUGACAAGCAAAAACUGUUAGACCAUACCACAGUUUUCAAUUUGAACAAAUUCUAUCCCAUGGCUUUCUCGCACCCCAACCUCUCUAACCCAUAAUCUUUAUCACUCUCUCUGUGUCACUGACUGGUCCUACAUCAUGGGAUGAUGUUAGAGAACACACACACUGGGGGCUGUUACCUUUGAACUUAGUGACCUCUCCCUUUUAAGCAUUGAUCUCUUUGACCCCUGACCUCUGCCCCCACCAGGCUCGGCAGAGGAUGACCUUAUCCUAGAGGUGGUGAUCAUGAUAGGGACGGUAUCCAUGGAUGACUCCUGUGCUGCCACGAUGGCCAAGUCUGGCAUCAUCCCUGCCCUCAUCGAGCUGCUCAACGGUAGGUAUUAGGUAGGACCCAUGCUGGGGUCCACUAUCUAGAGGGUUAAUGUUAAGAUGGAGCAGAAUGGAGGUUAUUCCAGUGAAAUGCUUGUCUGUUAUGAACAAACUAAAACGACAUUCUUCAGGGGAACUCGUAUUUGUCCUGACCUCCAUACGUCUGUGCCUGUGUGUCAACCCAACAGGAGGAGGAGUAGUUUGUGUCAGAUUGUCUAUGUGUUGUUUAACCUCUGUCUCUCUCUCCUCUUUCUCUCUGUCUCUGUCUCUCUCUGUCUCUGUCUCUGUCUCUCUCUCUCUCUCUCUCUCUGUCUCUCUAUUUAUUUAUUUAUAUAUAUAUAUAUAGCCCAACAGGAGGACGAUGAGUUUGUGUGUCAGAUCGUCUAUGUGUUCUACCAGAUGGUGUUCCACCAAGCCACCAGGGACGUCAUCAUCAAGGACACACGUAUCCUUUCUCUUCCCACAAUGCAAUUCAUCUCAGAACUACAGCCCAAAUGAUCCUUCAAUGUCCAACUCCUAAAUUACUUACAAUUUCACCCCAUAUUUACCUCACUCUGUACUGUAUUAUGUGUUACCAUGGUAACCAACAGGACCACCCUCUGCUUCUUUCAAUGUGUGUUUCCAUAGCAAUAAAAAUCACCCUAUCAAUGACCUCAGCGCUCCACACAGUGUAAUGCUGUACAGUUGGAAUCAGAGGCGGUGUACGUAAAAUUACCAAUAGCUUGUGGUAGUAUUUGAUAGAUGUUUUUCUUUCUGUGGAGAAUAUUACAGAGGGAUCUCUGCCAAGUGGUCUGCCUUGGGAGAGGCUUUCUGCUUUACAAUAUCUCUCUCUCAUUGCAGGAAAUGUAAGAGUUGUUCAUUUGGCCACAGGGCAACUGUCUCGUGUCUCCUUUCUAGAAAUGAAAGAGCAAAAGCAGAGUGUUUCCUCUACGUUUCUUUCUGUCACUGUGAUCUUGAUUAAACAGACAUUGUUGAAUGACGUGUUUGAGGACAAGGAACAGCAAAAUGUUAGGGUUAGAAAUGUAGAAAGAAAGAAGAAAUGUAGCGAGAAAGUACCUCUCCCUCCUUCUGUUGUCCUUUCCUGGACUCCCUCUCUCCAGAGGCUCCUGCCUACCUCAUUGACCUGAUGCACGACAAGAACGCUGAGAUACGGAAAGUCUGUGAUAACACACUGGACAUCAUCGCUGUGAGUAUCUAUCUAUAUUCUAUCUGUCUGUCUGUCUGUCUGUCGCCUCUCAAUGCAUAAUGUCUCAUCCCCAAGUUACCAUAUAUCAUGAAUGGGAUUCUUACUGAUUAAUCAGGAAUCAAUUCCUGCUUUUCUGUCAUUUUUCUUCCCAUUCAUUUCUAAAUUAAACUGACCUGACCUACCUACCUGAGCCAACAUCCUGCUUUUCUUGUUGUCCUGAUCCAUCCUUGCUUAAUGUAGGUAGGCACAGAGGAAAUGGUACUGUUCAGAUCGCCUGGACUGGGAAACUCAAUUCCUGGGUCAGAUUUUGAUUGACAGGUGUGUUUAAGUCCCAGUCAUAUUGUGAUCUGUCACAGACCUGAGAUCAGUGUAAUUAGCAGUAGACUACAGCCAUCCGGGCUGUGGGCUGUGGAAGGUAGUGGGGGGAGAGGAAGUGUUUCAUUGAAAUUAUCAGUGAGAACUAUUAAGCUGUGAACAACAUGAAAGACCAGGACAGGCUCUGGAGAGUGUCAGAGCAGGACAGGGGAGGUGAGAGAGAAAGCAGACCCUGCCCUGAAGACACACACACACACACACACACACACACACGAUCAUUAGUCUUCAUAGCUGCAGGCUACCUUAGCAGCACACACCAUUACUGUGUGUUCUUGAAUCGUUCCUCUUUGAUCACACACAGCGCACACACACACACACCCUCAGAGAGAGAGAAACCUACAUAUAGAUGGUUCUUCUAGGUCAGACAGAAGUGUAAUUCAUGGGGAUAUUCUUAGAUUCAGAUUUUCUCUAAGGAGGAACAUUGGAAAUGCUCUGAACACUGUUUUAUAUCCGCUGGCUCCUUUCCUCUGAGACGUCAUGAGCUCAACUCUCUGGUUAUGAUGGAUUAGGCUUCAUAUCAAACCCUUACUACAGACUGAUAGACCCGGGGAAGUCAGCCGUGUAGUCAUUCAUCCGCUUUAGCCAUGUCAUAAAUCUGCACUUUGACAAAAAGUGUCACUGACACUGGCCCUGCGAUGCGACAGUGGGCCCGUUUGAGGCCUGGGCCUCGGAUGGCUGUCAGCGGGCUCUGUUCUGGGUCUAGAUGAUUAAUCUGCAGGGCCUGGGCGCGUGGAGUACAGCGGCUCAAAGAAGGCCUUUAUCUCCCACUUGGCCCCCGCAGAGAAAGGAAAACAGAAUCUGUGGUCCUCCUCAGCCAAGCUCCGCACACACACACACACACACACACACCCACACCAUCCAUCGAACCACACCAGGUUUUCAUUAGUAACAGCAUCAGGAGGGUGCUGGCACACAGAGCAGUGCAUUGUGGGAUGCUCUAGUAGUCUGUGGAGGAUCUGACACUCCCUGCUGGGAUGGACCAAUAUAGCGGGCAGUGGUCCGGCCCAUUCCCCAGCCCUCCCUGAUGCCCUGCCAGCCACUCUUCUACAGCUAAGUACACUGCUAGUUUAGUUUGGAAGCCUCACACUCCUACAGCUAGUUACACUGCUAGUUUGGAGGCCUCACACUCCUACAGCUAGUUACACUGCUAGUUUGGAGGCCUCACUCUCCUACAGCUAGUUACACUGCUAGUUUCAUUUGGAGGCCUCACACUACCCGAAAGCUCGUACACUGCUAGUGUUCAUUUGGAGGGGCAAAUCAUGGGGGGGAUUAACAGGAAAAAGGGUUUUCUUUGGGUUUUAAGCUUUUUUUGGGUUCAAAAAUUGAAAUAAAAAACUUGGAGAAAAAAGGGGGGGGGAAAAAGAGUAGACAAGAAAGAGAGAAAAAAGAAGGGGGGAGAAAGGGAGAGGAAGAGAGGGGGGAAGGGAAAAGGGGAAUAGAUUUUUUUUUUUUUUUUUAUUCUCUUUUUUUAAAUUUGUUCUUUUUUAUAUCCUUCUUUCUCUUUUAAAAGUAUCGUGUUUUUUAAAAAAAAAGGGGGUUUAAAUUAAAACCCCCCCCUAAAAUUUGGCCAAAAAAUUUUAAAGGGUUUAAGGGAGAAAAAAGGGGGGGGGGGAAAGGGCCCGAAGGAAAGGAGGGGAGCGAAAAGGAAAGAGGGGGAAGGGGAAGAAGGAUAGGGAGAAGGGGAGAGAAGAAGAGAAGGGGGCGGGGAAGGGGGAGGGGGGAAAGGGAGAGAAGCCGGGGGAAGAGAAAGAGGAGACGAUAGAGCGCUAACGAAAAACGGGAUGGAGAAGUCGCGCCUUCUCUCGCUCUCUUUUUCCUUCCCCCCACGUAGGGAGAGGGAGGUGGGGGGAGGAAGCCCAGGGGAAAGGGAAUUUGAGGCAAAAAACCCAGUUUUAGAAGGGGAAAAAAGGGCCCCGGGGAGGCCGGGAAAACCCUUCAUGUAAGGGCGAGGAGGAACCCCCAUGCACCGGGGCUUCUGGGGCCCAUUUCACGCGAGGGGUUACCCCAGGGAAGUAGGGUGGGAGAGGUAUGGAGGGCAGAGGCCAGUUCUGGAGAGACUGACCUCUUCUACAGUGCAGGUAUACAGGGAGGGAGGGUGGGAGAGGAGGGAGGCAGAGACAUUCUGGAGAGACUGACCUUUUCCUAAAGCAAAAGAGAAAGCGGAGAACGAAAGGAAGAAAGAGGAGGAGGGGGGGGGGGGGGGGGGGGGGGGGGGGGGGGGGGGGGGGAAAAGAGAGGGGGAUGUGGUAUGGAUGAAGUGAGAGAGAGCGAGAUGAGGAGGAGAGAAGUACAGUAGCGAACUUGUCUCUAACUUUGAGGUGUAUGUCUCUCUCCCCCCAGAUGGGAUCAUCCCAGCAGACGGUAUUAUCAGCCCAGAGUUCUUCACAGACUACCAGAACGGAGACAUUGGCCAGGCUGGAGGCUUCCCUGGCAGGUGAGCUCAUAGCAGGGCAGGGGGUGGACUGCACUUCUAUCCCCAUCCCCUGGAGGCUCCUUUGGAGGGUGGGCUGCACCUCUCCACCCUCCCAUCCCCUGGAGAACCACAGCAAGGCAAGGUUGGGCUGACAGUAUUUCUACAUGUCUGAGUGUGUGGGAACCUUUCAGCCAGGUUGUCUUCUCCUGCAUAACAGACUGACAGGCUGUACUGAAGUAGGACAAUGACCCCAUAGCCCACUCUCCUAACCUCAGCCUCUGCUGCUUGGUGAACCGUGUUAUUUUGCUCCGGUAUUUGCUGAUCUUUGUUAUUAAACCAGGGCCAUAGGCUGUGCAAACAGCCCUCCACUAUCCCAGAAGGCAUCACUCCACCCUCAACAGCAAUACUGGAGCUUUGAGAACAAUCCCACUCUGCUCUACUCCGUUGAGUCUCAGAUACAGCGUCCGCCUUCCACUGUGAAACACUACACCAGCCAGCGAGUGAGCAGGCUUAAACAGGCCUAAUAUGUAGAGUUGAACACAUUUUAAGUUCCUCUACUUGAUAUGCUGUUAAAAUUAUGAAUAGUUGGGGAAAUUGAGAGUUUAUUGAGAGUAAUUUGUCUUAUUUAUUAUCAAACAUCUCCUUGCGUGCGAUAAAGCUUGUGUUGAAGGUUUUUUCCUGUGCAAGUAUGUUUAUGUUGGCUGCUGUUGAGAGGCUUGCUAUGGAGAGUAGAUAGCUUGCCACAGUUAUUUCAGGUUUUAGAUGGAUGGAGGGAGGGAGGGAAGGAGAAACAGAAAGCAAAGAGAGAGCGAGUGAAAGGAACAGAGAGAGGGGCUUUUUUCUCAGCUCUUUGUAACUGAUACCUUUUAAAUAUACUGAGCGAGCUGGGGGAAUUGGCGUCUGUGAGAGUGUUUUAAUUUGGCCAGUGUACUCCGGAGUGAUCCAGGUUAACACAAUAACCAAAGCCAGCUCCAGAGCUUAUUUUAAACUACUUGUGAAACAUGGUGUGAAUGGGGUCUUUUAAAUGGUUUAAAUACAAUCACUGUUAUGUGUAUAAAUAUGAUAACAAGCUAUUUUAUAUGAACUAUAUAAAAUGUCUCUAGUCCCGGGUCGUUGGGAAAGAGCGGGCCAAACCUUGGAAAGUCAAGAUAAGUCCCAGCAGCCUCAACGGGCCGGGCGACACAAGCUGAACGAGGGCGCCGUUGGUGUCACCGUGUGGAAAGGGAAGUGUCUGGGUUUCACUAUAGGUGCACAACAGCGUGUGAUUUGGAGGGUUUCUGACCCCCUCAACACGCAGACGGGCGAAUCAAUGAGUGCUUUGAGAGGCUGUCAGCGAGUGACAAGCAAGGAGAGUGAAACAAUCAGGUGAGACAGAGAAAGAGGUAGGGAGGAGGAGCUGAUGAUUUAGCACUUGAGCAGUGGGUAGCUCUAACCUGAAGAGUGACAGCCUGGGGAGAGAUCAAAGCAUUGUGGGCCGGAGCGAGGUGAGGCGGGAGGAGACAGACAUAUGUAUAAGCUUGGAGGGAGCAGAGGGUCAUGGGAGCAGAGGAAAAUGCCUGCUUCUCUUCCUGUGCACCCCCUGUAGAAUGUGUCCCCAAUGCCUCACCCCUACACCCUCAUCCCAGCUUCACUGGGGCCUGCAGGGCCAGGCUGGGAACACUAGGUCCCUUUGUCUGCUAACACAACCCUCCCUCUUAAAAUGUCACAACACACACGGCUGGAAUGAGGUGAGAGACGAGCUGAUUUAUGUCUCGCGUCACUGUAUGAGAAUGUGUGUGAGGGAGUUGUUGAUCAACUGGUCCUCUUUAUCGUAAUGUGGUCAUUUGAACCUUUCCGCCUCAACCCCACCACCAGAACCAGAGUCCAGGCGCUGACCUGAGGUCCAGCUGUGUCUCUGUCUCUCUUUCUCCUAGGCCCAGGGUGUAGUCAGACAGGCAGGCAGGCCAGCUAUCCAGGCGGGCUGUGAGGCAGGCAGGCCAGCUAUCCAGGCGGGCUGUGAGGCAGGCAGUCAGGCUGUGUUACUCAGAGCUCCAGUGUUUCUCCUAGCCUCUUUUAGUCUGCCUCAAAUCCCCCCUGACAGCCGUAGCGUGCGGAAAGGAAAAAUACAUUUUUCUGCCCAGUGAAGGAGGGAGGGAGGGGGCACGGGGAAGAGGAGGUGCAGGGUGCGUAACUGAUCGCUGGAAGUGAUUCGGGUUAAAAACAACACGUAAUUAUGGGCGCUUGCAGGGGCAAAGCAAACAGCUCGUAUUUUAGAGGGCUAGAGGAUGUCGGCCUGGCCAGCCAGCGACUGACUGUGUAUGGAGGGAGGGAGGGAGCGAGCAGGGUGGAGGGGAAGAGAAGGGACGCUGUCGUUUGUCGAGGGGUUAACUCACUCUGUCUGGUUAACUAACUCACACCCAGUCCGAGGUAACGAGACGGUCGCGUUGACCCGACCACACAGCUGAACAUUCAGACCAGCUGGUCAGAGAAGACAGACGACCGACCGUGAAAUCGGCCAGCCUUUCCUCCUUUGUAGCCACGGUAACUGAUUUGUACAGUUGUAGCUACAGCCCCUUUAUCAUUCCCCAAACAGGCCGGGGUUGCUGGGCGGCUGGAGGGAAGGAGGGCAGGUAAACAUGUCUGGCUGUUGGCCUCCUCUGUAAUGGAGCUGUGUUUUGACAUCUACAGUGAGGGGAAAAAGUAUUUGAUCCCCUGCUGAUUUUGUACGUUUGCCCACUGACAAAGAAAUGAUCAGUCUAUCAUUUUAAUGGUAGGUUUAUUUGAACAGUGAGAGACAGAAUAACAACAAAAAAAUCCAGAAAAACGCAUGUCAAAAAUCUUAUAAAUUGAUUUGCAUUUUAAUGAGGGAAAUAAGUAUUUGACCCCUCUGCAAAACAUGACUUAGUACUUGGAGGCAAAACCCUGGUUGGCAAUCAGAGGUCAGACGUUUCUUGUAGUUGGCCACCAGGUUUGCACAAGUCAUUUUGCACAAGUCAUUAAGGUUUCGAGGCUGACGUUUGGCAACUCGAACCUUCAGCUCCCUCCACAGAUUUCCUAUGGGAUUAAGGUCUGGAGACUGGCUAGGCCACUCCAGGACCUUAAUGUGCUUCUUCUUGAGCCACUCCUUUGUUGCCUUGGCCGUGUGUUUUGGGUCAUUGUCAUGCUGGAAUACCCAUCCACGACCCAUUUUCAAUGCCCUGGCUGAGGGAAGGAGGUUCUCACCCAAGAUUUGACGGUACAUGGCCCCGUCCAUCGUCCCUUUGAUGCGGUGAAGUUGUCCUGUCCCCUUAGCAGAAAAACACCCCCAAAGCAUAAUGUUUCCACCUCCAUGUUUGACGGUGGGGAUGGUAUUCUUGGGUUCAUAGGCAUCAUUCCUCCUCCUCCAAACACGGCGAGUUGAGUUGAUGGCAAAGAGCUCGAUUUUGGUCUCAUCUGACCACAACACUUUCACCCAGUUCUCCUCUGAAUCAUUCAGAUGUUCAUUGGCAAACUUCAGACGGGCAUGUAUAUGUGCUUUCUUGAGCAGGGGGACCUUGCGGGCGCUGCAGGAUUUCAGUCCUUCACGGCGUAGUGUGUUACCAAUUGUUUUCUUGGUGACUAUGGUCCCAGCUUCCUUGAGAUCAUUGACAAUGUCCUCCCGUGUAGUUCUGGGCUGAUUCCUCACCGUUCUCAUGAUCAUUGCAACUCCACGAGGUGAGAUCUUGCAUGGAGCCCCAGGCCGAGGGAGAUUGACAGUUCUUUUGAGUUUCUUCUAUUUGCGAAUAAUCGCACCAACUGUUGUCACCUUCUCACCAAGCUGCUUGGCGAUUGUAUUGUAGCCCAUUCCAGCCUUGUGUAGGUCUACAAUCUUGUCCCUGACAUCCUUGGAGAGCUCUUUGGUCUUGGCCAUGGUGGAGAGUUUGGAAUCUGAUUGAUUGCUUCUGUGAACAGGUGUCUUUUAUACAGGUAACAAGCUAAGAUUAGGAGCACUCCCUUUAAGAGUGUGCUCCUAAUUUCAUUUCGUUACCUGUAUAAAAGACACCUGGGAACCAGAAAUCUGUCUGAUUGAGAGGGGGUAAAAUACUUAUUUCCCUCAUUAAAAUUCAAAUCAAUUUAUAACAUUUUUGACAUGCAUUUUUUUGGAUUUUUUUGUUGUUAUUCUGUCUCUCACUGUUCAAAUAAACCUAUUAUAGACUGAUCAUGUCUUUGUCAGUGGGCACACGUACAAAAUCAGCAGGGGAUCAAAUACUUUUUCCCUCACUGUAGCUGUUUUAUGUAGUUUGCUGAAGCUAGAUGUUCCCUGUCACAGAGCUCCAGUGUUAUGGCAGAACAUGUAUUAGGUGAGAUGAAUAUUGCAUUAAGUUUUAUAAAGAGCUUUUAUUUUACGUUCCAUUAUACUACGACCCCUUCUCUUCUUCAAUGUGUUCUGGUUGUGUCGCUGUAUGUUUCACUGUCUCAGAGCGCCACCUAGUGGUGGUAUCUAAACCCAUCUCACGUCAUGUUGACUCCUGUCUGUGGGGCUGACAUAUACAGCAGGUGUGUGUGUGUGUGUGUGUUUAUCCCUACAGUAUGAAUAUCGAUAUGUUUGGACAGUCGACGGUGACCCCUGGACAGCGCCCCGCCACGGCCUACGGCAUCCGGCCAGACCAGCAGUUGUUCUACAGCUACAGUGGUGCGGCCUCCAGAUAAACCAGGUUAACUUCAGUUCAUUACACCACAGAGACUGACUGCAGCUAUGCCCCAUCUAGCUAGCUAUUCUAAGCUGUGUGGUCAUGAAGGAGUAUCAACACUACUGUAUGUUCAACAGCACCUUAGUAUGUCAGCUAGUCUCUUCUAGUGCUCUAGUCCAAACUCUAGCAGUGAUGUU